AUGUCUCGCUUCUUCCUUUCCUCGGCUGUGUUGAUGAUACAUUGUUUCAUUGGCUCAAUGUCGUUUGACCAACGAGGUGAUGCCCCAAAUAGCUUCUGGGCGGUCCAUGUCACUAACAACAUCCCCGCUGACCAAGUGAAAGUUCGCUGCAAAACCAAAGAUGAUGAUUUUGGCCUCAAGGGCAACCAAACACUACUGCCCGGAUAUGAACUAUGGUGGAGAUUCAGUAACAACGGGUUAUCACAGAACACUGUUUUCUUCUGCAACUUUUAUUGGGGGUCCAAGGAUCAAGUCUUCAAUGUCUUCGACAGUGACAUAUCCCGCCACUGCACAAGUAAACAUGCAGUAGAUGAUAGUUGUUACUGGUCUAUCAGACGGGAUGGUUUCUAUUUUAGUGGUACCAAUGAGACUGGUAGUUACGAGAAGUGGCAUGAUUGGAAGUAUAAUCAUUGA